GUUCUGGCUGUGUUCCGUGGUGUGCGUCGCACAUGAGCUCCGUAUCGGGUUGAAGGCAACCAGAGAACCGGACAGUUCUCAUUUGUUUUUGAGAUUCCGUCGCGUGCGGUUCGAUACUGUUAGCUCUUUGCGAUCCGGAUCCGAUCCGAUCCGAUCCGGCGGCCUUCCGACGUCUCGCGCACAAAGUUUAAAAUUAAUUUCCCGAUGAAUGAAAACAAAACGCACACCACGCACACCGGAAAAUAGGCAUAAAAAAAAUAAGAAAUAAAAAAGAGUAGUAGUUUAUCUGAUUAAUCCUUGGCGGCCAUUUUUUUAGUUGGCACUGUGUCAGCUCUGGCUCUGGCCCGCAUUUAUUAUAAUUGCAUCUGUGUUGGGCAAUUUGUUCGAGUCGCGGAUGAAUAGCGAAAAGUUUUAACGAAAAAAUAAUUUGCAACACGUGUUAACACAGUGCGUAUGAAGAAUGUGUGCCCAGGAAAGCUUCAACGUGGACUGGGUGUAGUUCGUGUGUGUGUGAGUGAAUGUGUGGGUGAUCGAGAGGCACAUGGCUUCGAUUUGAAAAAAGUUUUGAAAAAAUAAUAUAAAUACGAACCGGGAAAAAGGUGCCCCCAUUGGCAAUUAUUAUAUAGUCUGCUUGGUCAGUUCUAACAAUUGUGGAUAUACAAUAAAAAAUAAAAGAAACAAAUGCACAAAGCCGGACUAAAGAAUAACAAACAAGAACAAACACGGAUACGUAUCAUCAAUAAAUAAUCAAAAUACAGCGCUCAAAUUACCAAAGAACCUAAACAAAAACUUGAUUUAGUUUUAAGAAAUAUAGCACACAAUUGUUAAAUUAAAAAAUAAAAAUAAACAGACGCCUUCGCCGAGAAGGAGCUCCUCUAGAAACUGCAACUCCCGCACAAAAUGCUUCAACAUCCCGCCACUGACUUCUACGACUUGGCGGCCGCUAAUGCCGCCGCUGUCCUCACCGCCCGCCACACGCCCCCCUACAGUCCGACGGGGCUCAGUGGAUCGGUGGCGCUGCUCAACAACAACAACAAUAACAGCGCCACCAGCAACAACAACAACAGCAGCAUCCUGGACAUCAUGACGCACAACGGUGGAGGCGGCGGUGGCCUCCACCUGAACAGUGGCAGCAAUGGCAGUGGGGGCGGUGGAGUGGCCGGCGGAGGUGGCUCCGGUGGCAGGGAGAACCUGCCCAGCUUUGGAUUCACCCAGGAGCAGGUGGCCUGCGUCUGUGAGGUACUGCAGCAGGCCGGGAAUAUUGAAAGACUGGGCCGCUUCCUCUGGUCGCUGCCACAAUGUGAUAAGCUGCAACUGAACGAGUCCGUGCUGAAGGCCAAGGCGGUCGUUGCAUUCCAUCGGGGCCAGUACAAGGAGCUCUACCGCCUCCUCGAGCACCAUCACUUCUCGGCCCAAAAUCACGCCAAGCUGCAGGCUCUGUGGUUGAAAGCGCAUUACGUGGAAGCCGAAAAACUGCGCGGAAGACCCUUGGGUGCUGUUGGCAAAUAUCGUGUUCGCCGUAAAUUUCCAUUGCCCCGCACCAUCUGGGAUGGCGAGGAGACGAGCUACUGUUUUAAGGAGAAAUCCCGCUCGGUAUUGAGAGACUGGUACUCGCACAAUCCAUAUCCAUCGCCGAGAGAGAAACGCGAUCUGGCCGAGGCCACAGGACUGACCACCACGCAGGUAUCUAAUUGGUUCAAGAAUCGCCGGCAAAGGGAUCGAGCUGCCGAACACAAAGAUGGCUCUACCGACAAGCAACAUCUCGACUCCUCCAGCGAUUCGGAAAUGGAGGGCAGCCUGCUGCCCGGCCAGAGUGCCCAGCAACAGCAACAACAGCAGCAGCAGCACUCCCCCGGCAGCAGUAGCGGCCCCAACAACAACAACAACAACGGCUUGCACCAACAGCAAUUGCAACAUCUAUCAGCCGACCAGAGCCUGCAACAUCAUCCCCAUCAGCAACAUCCAGCCACCGGGAAUGCCGCCAGCAAGGGCAGCAGUGGCGGAGGAGGAGGCGGUGGGGGCGUUAGUGCGGCGGCAACCGCUGCCCAAAUGCAAAUGCCGCCCCUCUCCGCCGCCGUGGCCUACUCGCACCUGCACAGCGUAAUGGGGGCGAUGCCCAUGUCCGCGAUGUACGACAUGGGCGAGUACCAGCACUUAUGAUUCUAGUUGGAGGCGGCCGCUGCCGCCAGUGGCAGUGGCGGGGUCAGCGGUCUGGCCGGCAACAGCAACAUCGCCCACGAGUGGCAGCAACGCCAGCAGCAACAGCAGGAUCAACAGGCGGAAAGCUUUUACUUCUGAGUCUAAAGGAUUCUGAGGAUUAAAUCACAGGCUUCUACACCACACACCCUGCUGGAUAGCAUUUUUUCUGACCACCAGAUGGCACCAAGCUGCAGCACAAUCCUUUGGCAACAAGGACUCCAAAGGGAAACCACACACACCCACACACACACAUAAGAACAAGAAAUCUGUAUCGAUCUGUGUAAAUAGCUAGGCUUUAGUUUUAGAAAAAGGAUCGGACUGGACGUCCAAUCGAAAUGCAAAUCAAAUCGAAAUGUGCAAAAAUUAUAUAAAUGUAUACUUUCUCUUCUUGCAUAAAUUAUACACUCUUAAUUAUAGCCUCUAGAAAUUAUAUUUUUUGUUAAAAAUAAAUUCUAUUAAAUUAUUUUCAAAAGC